GAACCCUACAGGCUACAGAACCCUGUGAGAAUACUACUACAGGAACCCUAGAGGCUACAGGAGCCCGUGAGAAUAUUACUACAGGAACCCUAGAGGCUACAGGACCCUGUGGAACCUCCGAUGAGGUCACUACAGAUAUCGUUCUCAAACAAGAACGUUUGUGUGAUGUCACUCACACGCAUGUUCCGCAGAUGGAGAGCAGCAGAGAGGAAAGCAGAGAAACGGAACAUGUGAUCGGUUCAAAGACCGAGACUCCUGUGUGUGCUGAGGUUACCGAGACUCCUGUGUGUGCUGAGGUUACCGAGACUCCUGCGUGUGCUGAGGUUACCGAGACUCCUGCAUGUGCUGAGGUUACCGAGACUCCUGCAUGUGCUGAGGUUACCGAGACUCCUGCGUGUGCUGAGGUUACCGAGACUCCUGCGUGUGCUGAGGUUACCGAGACUCCUGCAUGUGCUGAGGUUACCGAGACUCCUGUAUGUGCUGAGGUUACCGAGACUCCUGUAUGUGCUGAGGUUACCGAGACUCCUGUGUGUGCUGAGGUUACCAAGAUUCCUGUAUGUGCUGAGGUUAUCUCGGAAAUCUCUUCUGAUGGCAAAAUUACAGACACGGACGCUGCAACAGGAACUCUCCGUAAAGAUACGACAAAUGAUGCGCCAGCAGCUGAACUGGCCUGCGUAGCGAGCCCUGGAGAGGAGACGUGCAAACACAGCCAUCACGAAGAAAAGCGUGUGAGUGAGAGUGCUGAGACAGAGCUCGGAGCGAACGCACCCCUCGGGGGAGAAGAGGUCAACGGAGGAGUGGAGGUCGGGGCUGAGCACGCACACCUGGGAGUACCGGCGGGGUCGCCGCACGCACAUCAAUCACCCGCCGAAGACGCUCCUGCAGAGAAUGACAUCAUCGCUGCAGCUGCAGAGCCCUCCUCCUCAGGGACCAAUAGCGCGAGCCGACCACAGACGGAGAGCGGGGUCGCCCCGGGAGACAAGUCUGCGCUUCUCGAGGCGCCGUCCAAGUUCGCCGGCGCGGAGGAACGCUCGGCGUCUGGCAGCGGAGAUGAUCGAGCUGAUUCACGGUCUGCACCUGUGAGCUCAUCCUCAGAGGACAGCGCUGAGGAAUUUAAGGAAGUUGUAGAGAAGCCCGUGUUUUCACCCAGUCAGGGGCCUGGCUCUGUCAGCUGUGGAGCAGAGCCGACGGAUGCUGCCUCCUCACCUCGCGUCAGUGUCUCUGCUGGGCCGGAGGAGUGUGUGGAGGACAUGAGCACUACCUCUGCCCAGGAGUGUGACUCCUCUUGCUGUGAAGAAGAGGCGACCGACACUGCCACCCAACCACACAUCGAGGUAGUUGUUAGGAGAGCGGAGACUACCUCUGAGGAGACUACCUUUAUCCAGACGUCUGGCUCUGUUCUCUGUGAAGGAGAGCCGACUGACUCCGCCUCCUCACGGCACAUCGAGGUAGCCACGGGGAGGGAGGAGACGGCGGAGGACGAGACGAGGACCGCCUCUAUCCAGAGGGACGGCACAGAGAUGGAGGCCCCCAUCGUGAGGGCGGCCGAAGCGCUGGAGGACAGUCAGGACCAGUCGGACUUUCUGGAGAGUUGUGUGCUGGCUGCCCAACUGGACUUUGAAUACGUGCAAGCACAGGACGUUGCAGGUUCGGCUCUCGCGAUCCCCGUAGAGCCCGUAGAAGAGAUUCUAAAAGACGGUUUCACUGGAAAAGCAUUCAAGAAAGAAAAGUUCAAGAUCAAGAUCAAACGGAAAGGGGACUGCCGCUUGUCAUAGUCUGUAGGCUAUGUGUGACCUUUGAACUGUAACUUUAGAUGUUAAUUGUAAUCUCAGGGUCCUUAAUCCCUUAAUCCCCUUAAUCAGAUUAACAGUAUAACUGCAGGUGAUAUAUGAGACCGGGCAGCUCUUAGUCUGGUUUGCCUUCACACUUUUGCCACAUGAUCCUGCCGUGAACCUGUGUGUGUGCUGUAGGAAUGUCCAUUUUAUUUAAAAACUCAGGAAUGUAAAUUUUAUUUUUAGCUUAAUUCAUAUUGUCUCAGAGGAAGCUGACAGAAACAUGCCUUAAUCCACACAUCUGUGGAUACAUUUCUAUCCCAUAAAAUGUUUUAAUCCUUAGGACCUUUCUGAAUUUUAAAACUAAUAUGAUGCCAUAUUGUUUGCCAUAAUGCUCUUAACAUUUGAUUUGGAUACAUGUGAUAUCUCAAACAGUGUCGUCUCGGGGUUAUGCAGAGACAAACUAAUUAAAGUUCAAUCUUGACAAACUUACUGUAUAUGUGUGGUUAUUUUCUGGAGAUUGAUCACAGAUUGUUACGGUACAUAACUUUUGAUGUAUAUUGAUCAUGUAACAUAACUUGUUUGUGUUAUGUGCCAUAUUAAAACAAGAUAUGAAACACUGGCAUGCAAAAUUUCUCUCCCGUUGUUACUUCUAUCAAGGUGUGACUAAUAUCACAGUAUAUUUUUUAAUCAUUCUACCAUUUCCAUUGUUCCAUUUGUGUUAUUCACUUUGCAUACAUCUAUUGUACAUGAGCUGCACCAUACUGUAAGCGGGCCUCUGUCUUGGGCCCUGAUUCAGCUAAGGACAGGGCAGCUGUGUACAACCCAUUGCUCUGUGAUUGUGAGAACACUUAAGCCAUUAGAACUUGUAAACAUGGAUAUCUACACUAGCAUGCUCCAAUGGGCUCCUCAGCCCAUGUAAACAGGCCUCUGAACUGUCGAAAUGUCGUAUACUAUCAUACUAUUGUAAACCAUCAAGAUCUAGUUGAAAAUAAUAAACACAGUGUAUUUUUACGGUACUUUACAUGAUAUUAACCAUUUGUCAUUAAAACAGCAUCAUGUUCAAAGCUUUGUUGACA